AUGCUAAUUAUAUUAACCUCAACUUUAAUUUUAGUUUUAAUAGUUCUACUUGCAGUAGCAUUUCUAACAAUAGUUGAACGAAAGACCCUAGGUUACAUACAACUUCGCAAAGGGCCAAAUGUCGUUGGAUUUAUGGGUCUUCUACAACCUAUUGCAGAUGGAGUAAAGCUAUUUCUCAAAGAACCAGUAUGACCUCUAGCAGCCUCUCCAAUCUUAUUUAUCGUAGCCCCAAUUAUAGCACUCACUCUAGCCUUAUCUCUUUGAAUACUCAUUCCUAUACCACAAUCAAUUUCCACUAUCAACAUUACACUUCUUGUAAUUAUAGCAAUCUCAAGUCUAUCAGUCUAUGCCAUCCUUGGCUCAGGAUGAGCAUCUAAUUCCAAAUAUGCACUAAUUGGGGCUCUCCGAGCCGUAGCACAAACUAUUUCCUACGAAGUAAGCCUAGGUUUAAUCCUACUAUGCCUAGUUAUCCUAACAGGAAGUUUUUCUCUACAAGCUUUUAUUUAUACCCAAGAACAUACCUGAUUCUUACUCUCAAGUUGGCCUUUAGCAGCAAUAUGAUUUGUUUCUACUUUAGCAGAAACAAAUCGAACUCCAUUUGAUUUAACUGAAGGAGAGUCAGAACUAGUUUCUGGCUUUAACGUAGAAUAUGCCGGAGGGCCAUUCGCCUUAUUUUUUCUAGCUGAAUACUCUAACAUUUUAUUCAUAAACACUCUAACAGCAAUUAUAUUCCUUGGGCCCCUAGGAUCAAACAAUUUAAAUAUUUUACCAAUUAUUAAUAUUAUAAUAAAAGCCACUCCACUUAUCAUUUUAUUCUUAUGAAUCCGAGCCUCCUACCCACGAUUCCGAUAUGAUCAACUUAUACACCUUAUAUGAAAAAAUUUCCUACCCCUUAAUCUAGCUCUCUUUACUCUUCAACUAUCCCUUGCUGUGUCAUUUGGAGGCGCUGGAGUCCCCCAAAUAUAA